AUGUGGCGCGCCUGGACCUACAUGGCGGACCCGGGCACGCACUCGGAGGCGCGGGGCACGGGCUUCCAGUUCGUGUCCAUCGGCAUCGCGCUCGCGGGCAUUCUGCUGAUGGCGGCGAUUCUCGGUUUCGUGGUCGAGGCGAUCCAGGCGAAGAUGGACGAGCUCAAGCUGGGCAUUUCGCGGGUCGUCGAGAGCGACCACUCGCUGAUCCUGGGCUGGACCCACGAGACCGUGCUGGUCAUCGAGGAGAUCUGCAUCGCGAACGAGUCGGAAGGCGGCGGCACGAUCGUCGUCAUGGCGGACCGCGCGAAGCCGUCGAUGGAGCAGGAGCUGUCCAUGCAGCUCGGCGGGCCGUUGGCCAUGCGCCAGCGCCUGCGGGGGACCAAGGUCGUGCUGCGGAGCGGGUCGCCCGUGCUCGUGCAGGAUCUGGCGAAGGUGUCCGCGGAGAAGGCGCGCGCGACGCUGAUUUUAGCCGCGCCGGGCGACCCCGACGUCGCGGACGCGCACACGCUGCGCUGCGUGCUCGCCAUGCAGUCGCUGAACUACAUCAGCGGCCACAUCGUCGCGGAGAUGCGCGACCUCGACAACGAGCCCCUCGUGCGCUUGGUCGGCGGCGACGUCAUCGAGACGGUGACGUCGCACGACGUGCUCGGGCGGCUCAUCCUCAUGUCCGCGCGCGAGCCGGGCCUGGCGUCGGUCUACUCGACGGUGCUGGGCUUCGACGGCGACGAGUUCUACGCCCAGGCCUGGCCGGCCAUCGACGGGCUGUCCUACGGCGAGGUCGCGUUCCGGUUUCCCAACGCGAUCCCCAUCGGCGUGCGGACGCCGACGGACGAGCUCGUGCUCAACCCGGACUGCGCGCGCGUCUUCGCGCCGGGCGACGAGCUCAUCGUCCUCGCCGAGGACAACGACACCUACAAGCCCUGCCCGCCCGUGGUCAUCCCGACGCAGCCCUUCGAGAAGCACGACCCGCCGCCCGUCGCCAAGGAGAAGAUCCUCUGCUGCGGCUGGCGCCGCGACAUCCGCGACAUCCUGAAGCAGCUCGACAAGCAGGUCGCGCCGGGGUCCGAGCUCCACAUGAUGAGCGACACGAUCCCCAUCAACGAGCGCAACGCGUUCUUGCGGGCCGCGGGCCUCGACGUGCGGCGCGAGCUCACGAACCUGCGCAUCGUCCACUUCGACGGCAACACGGCCAUGCGGCGGUCGCUCGAGGCCCUGCCCAUCGCCGAGUACGACUCGUGCAUGAUCUUCGCGGACCAGGCCAUGGAGACGGAGAUGAUGCACAGCGACAGCCACGUCAUCGCGACGCUGCUCCAGCUCCGCGAGGUCCAGCGGGAGCUCAUGCAGCGCGCGCAGGGCCUCGACCCGGAGGAGACGCGGUCGUCGAACAUCAAGAAGAUGGCCGUGAUCCGCCAGAAGCUCCAGGAGACGUCGCCGAUCAUCUGCGAGGUGCUCGACCCGCGGACGCAGAACACGAUCGAGAAGAACGCGGCCGUCGCCGCGACGUCCGACUUCUGCCAGUCGAACAAGCUCAUCGCCCAGAUCCUCGCCAUGUGCGAGGAGGACCGGUCCAUCGAGGCCAUCCUGAGCCAACUGCUCGGGCCGGGCGGCGCGUCGUUCUCCGUGCAGUCGGCCCUCCGCUACUGCGCCAAGGGCGAGUCGCUGACCUUCUUCGAGCUCCAGAGGCGCGCCCAGGUCUACGAGGAGACGCUCUGCGGCUACCAGGACGCGACGGAGACGGUCAUCAACCCGCGGGACAAGAACGCGAAGCAGACGUGGCACGGCCGCGACCUCGUCGUCCUCGCGGGCCGCACGACGACGCAGCCCAAGCGCUUCGAGGGCCGGUCGACGCUGAACAAGGCGGUUUCGACGAAGACCCCGAAGAUAACCAAAGACCCCUGUUACUUCGUGUUCGGAGUUCACGGGUCGAGGCGUUCGUCGGUUGAGUCCUCGGUUGAGGCCCUCGCAUCGCCCUCGCGAGCCCGCUCGAGCCAAACCGGCCUUGACAAGCGAGAGCUGAGUGAGCGAGAGUGGCAAGCGAUGGUCCGGGCCUCCGACGCGUACUGUCGGUCUCGGCCCUCGCGGUCGUUCGUGGCCUCUCGCGCUACCCCCGACACUCGAGUCAUGUUUAGAUGCGCCCAGUAUUUUCCGAUCAGUUUCGAUCCGUACAACCCUGACGGCGAGCCGCUAGAGGUAGAGGACCGGAGCGGCGAACGCGUGCCCGCGGCCGACUUCUACGAGUGGGCCCGGGAGCAGUUCUGCGAGCUCAGCGCGCUGCGCAAGGCUGUUGGUGAGAACCUGCCUGAUUCCGUCGACGCCCACGACGCAUCCUGCGAAGCGUUCCACAAUCUCACGGAGGGAGGGAAUCAUUUUGACACAAUGCCUCAUCAUCUUCUCCAAUUCUUUUGCAUGUUAGACAACACGCUCAUUCCUAAGAUUGUGGCAUCUCAACUCUACCGGCAUCAGAAUAUCUUUCCUCGAUGUCGACCUGACCCACGAAACCUUCUUGCCUCGCGCCGAACUCCCGGUCGUCUUACAGCACGUCGUCGAGUCGGAGAACGCGCGGGAGGCGCGAAUCGACGGCGGCUCGGAGCGAACGUAUUCCUUCGUGCGCGUCUACUCCGGCGAGCAUGGACCCCAAGCCAAGUUUCGGACGAUCCGCCUUAG